AUGUUGGGGUACGUCAUAUCGGGACUGGUAUUCUCUCAUUAUUCAGAUAAAUACGGCCGAAGACCUAUUGUAUGGCUGGGAUUCACAAUAGAGUUGACGGGCAUAUUGUCGUGUGCCGUCUCACCUAAUAUUUAUUUCUACUCAAUCGCCCGAUUUCUGGUAGGAAUGGUAUUAGAAUGUUGUGGACCUAAGUACAGGUCAGACAUCGCUAUUCUGGGUGGCAUUGGUUGGGUCAUAGGUUACGCUGGGAUACCAGGGUCAGACAUCGCUAUUCUGGGUGGCAUUGGUUGGGUCAUAGGUUACGCUGGGAUACCAGGGCUGGCGUAUUGGCUUCAAGAUUAUCGAUAUAUGCAAUUUGCGUCAUUAAUACCAUUGACUUCUCCACGUUGGCAGAUAACCAAUGGACAGGUAGACAGAGCUGAACAGACACUCAGAAAUGCACUAAAAAUGAAUGACAGGUGCAAUCAUCUGAAAGUGCAAAACAAGAAUACACAAUAUUAGACCUGGUAAAAACACCUAAACUUAGAAAAAUAUCAUUUAUAACAUGGUAUUGCUGGGUUACAAACGUACUAAUUUACUACGGGAUCAGUUUUAAUAUGUCUGACUUUGGGGGUAAUUUUUACAUAACCUUCCUAUUGUCAGGACUGGUAGAGUUACCCUCA